AUGGCAGCAUCGAUGCAUCACGACGACCUCAUUCUUAGGGUUUUGUCCAGGAGCCUGGCGAAUCGCUUUUCAGCAAGCUCCUGGAAGACCUACGCAGGGGUCUCCCUCGACCGGGUGCGCUACGAUCAUGACAGUCGUUCGCCCCUUCCCCCACAUGGACGCCAACUAGCCGACAACAUGGGGCUGUGCGUCGACGACGAAUUCAUGGCUACAUGCCCGAGAGAAGCCAGUACCUCAGGUAGCCGGAACGCGCACGCCGAAAUGCUGAUACUGAACUGGCUAAGCAGUCGGGUUAACACUUCAAAAUGGCCGCCAGCGGACGGACAAAUGCACACAUUACAUCUGUUCACAUUCUUAUCUCCUUGUAGUGGAUGCAUCCAUUUUUUGGAGAGUUUUCUACGUCUCCUCCGGGAGAAGGGACUGAUGGGGAGAAUCCGGUUUGUCCUAGGAUAUUCCAAAGAGUACACGCCGUGGAAACCCGGUACGCCGCUAGCACAACGAUUUUAUUCUGGUCCAGAUGUAACCAUUCCUUGGCUUACUAAACUUCAAACUUAUUAUCCUAACUUCAGAGUGAUAGACAUUUCUUAA